AAGUGUUCCAUUGUCAAAUUACGAGGACUUGAAAGAUGCUCUUAUUUCCGGAGACCACGUGUUCACCCAGUCGGAAGUGAGCGCUUGCGAAGGCGAAGAUCUCGGAUUUGCCAGGUUAAUUAACGCUUGAAGUGUAAUGGACACUUGGGAAAUCACUAAUGAAGGUUUGCCCAACGAGACGCUGAGGAUGUCGUAUGACGUCUGGGUCGAUUACUACCUCACUGAGGCCAAAGUCGGGGUUGAGAAAAUUGUAAUUACCGUUUUGCCAGAUGGCACCCCUUUGACAAUCGCCAGUAAUUUUGAGGAAUUGCUCGUGAUUCUGCAAAAUAACCACAGACUCGAAGUUACUGUCAAUGCCAAAUUGUGCGGAUGGGACUCGCCAAAUGGACCGUAUUACCCCACAAUAUAUGGUCAAACGAUAAAUGGCUGGUCUUGGGACAACGUCGAAACCGGCUCAAGUGUCAACUUCGUCAGCAAAAUGGUUGCAAAAAGAGAUGGAAAAGCUUACCUGCUUCAGCAGCAAUACAAUGUACUUCAAGAUGGAUCGGUGGCAGUGAAUCUGCACUCACUUGACCCAAUCACAGGUCAACUGUUGUCAGUCGAUUCAGCAUCUUGCGAAUUGUCAAAUUCUGCGAUUCGUAUUGCUUCAGUCGACCGUCCAAGAAAUAAAUUGCUGACCAUCGAGGAAUUGACUGCAGUGCAAAUGCAAGGACGUCGAAUCAGUUUCUUCGCCGACCUCAAUGACUGCACUGGUGAACCCAAACUCGUCAUAGGUGGCACAUUUGCUGAUGGCUCCACACUCGACAGAUUCGCAAAC